AUGGGCGCGAACAUCGCCCGACAUCUCAAUGAUGAAGGGUUUGAUGUUACCGCUGUGUACGAUGUCGCAAACGAACGCGCACAGGAACUCGCAGCAGAAAUCGGUGCAACAGCAACAGGAGAACUCGCGAAGGUUACAGCACUCGCAGACUAUAUCAUCACCGUGGUUACGGACGACGCAGCAAUGCGGACAAUUUUCUCGGACGAUGCAGAGGACAGCCUGCUUCAAGGCGCAUCCGGCAAAGUUUUUAUUAAUUGCGCAACGAUUAGUCCCCAGGCCCACGUGGAUACCGAGCAACUCGCGGCGAAGCAUGGUGCGGAGAGUCUUGAAGGGUGUAUGGCAAGUAGUAUCACACAAGCACGGGAAGGCACACUCUACCUCAUGUGCGGAGGUAAAAAGGAAACAUUCGAUAAGGCGCGCGCUAUUCUGGAUUCAAUGAGUGUUUCGCUCCGUUACAUCGGUGAAGCCGGUCAGGCGGCACAGGUGAAGGCACUCGUCAACAUGGUGAUGAAUAUCAAUACGGCAGGUCUCGCUGAAGGACUCGGCUUAGGGGCAGCACUUGGAUUAGAUUUGGCAAUGUUGCAAGAGGUCUUUUCACAAACAGGUGCAAACUCCCGUGUCUUGGAAACCGACGGAGAAGACAUGGAGGCACGCGAUCAUGAGUGUUAUUUCUCAUCUGCCCAUGCGUCCAAGGAUUCAGGUAUCGCGCUCGACUUAGCAAACGCCGCUGGUAUUUCUCUCCCACUCGCUCAGGCAACGAAGGCACAGUACGAUCGGAUGAUUGAACUCGGAUUGGGCGACUUGGAUAAGUCCGGUGUUGCUGAACUCACCUUCCCCGGACGAGGAGAAAAGAGUUAA